AUGAGGGACCUGAAGGCAUGUGGAGUCUGCGGGAACGCGUUCACCCUUAUGAGCAGGCCGAAGAUAUGCAGACAGUGCAAACGCAGCUGUUGCGUCAAUUGUGUCGACACUAACUACGUUUCGCCGCGUGGCGUCAGCCCAAGGAAUGCGAAUAAGCCUAACGGUCAAGCGGAUUCCCCGGGACUAUGUGUCGACUGCGUUCUGACGGAAGCAACCAGCCACUCCAUCUCCGUGCAAGAGGACCUGGAUCGCACCGAGGAGAUAAAUCGCGGCCUGAAACUCGAGCUGAAGCGUCAGCUCGUGGCCAUGGAGAAGUUCCGAGGUUUUCUAGUGGAGUUCUGCAACGCAUUCGCGCCGGAGUCGGCGCUUUUCCAGGAGGGCAACACGAGUGAAAACAACGACGUGCACGAAAGCGACGCCGACAAGAAACUGGAUCAAACUCAACCUAUCGCAAACCUUGUGGCGCGAGGCCAGGACAGCCUGCAGAACCUGUAUGCGCGAGUGAGACGACUGAGGUCAGACCUCGACGCGGCCAACAACGAUGGAAACGGCCUCAAGCGGGCAUUAGCGGAAACGCGGGCUCAGUUAGAGGCGGUGGCAGCCGAGCGAGACAGCCUGCAGUCAUCGCUGUACGAGAUUAACGAGUCACUACUGCGCCUAGAGACCGAGCGGCAGCAAGCGGCAGAUCUGAGGCGUGAUUGCGAGGCGUUGCGGGCGCGCUGCCACAAAAUGGAGCGGGAUUACAACGCGCGGACGAGUCCAAGCGGCACGCAGACGCUGCUGCAGCGUGGAGACGCGCGAGAAGAACAGGCGGAGAAUUGGAGGUGGUUCGCGAUGUGCUGCCCGCGGUUCGCUUUUUAA